CCCAUAUACAUUUUAGAAAUAUGGCGUUUUGUUAUGGAAGAAAGCACCUUUAGAAAGGUGCGUAAAGAAAGACCUGAAAAAUCUGCUGCCAUGACCAACAAAAACAGUGUUUCAUCUGGGAAAGAUAACGAUGCUGCCACAAACACCAAUGCACGUCCAAAGCUUGUAUUUUUUUGGACAAAUGCAGAAGUUUUGAAAUGGUUACGCAGACACUGUGAAGAAUACCAUACUCUGUAUGCCAGCUUAUUUCUGGAAAAUGACAUUACAGGGAGAUCAUUGCUAAAAUUGAAUGAUUCGACACUCGAGAGAAUGGGAAUCAAAGAAAAAGAACAUAGAGAAGUUAUUUGCACUGAAAUCUUAAAGUUAAAACUUAAAAGUGAUAUCUUGGAGCUCAAAGAUCUUCAAAAGAAAAAGGAAUGAAAGAAUCAGUCCAGAAUUUUAUGAUUAAAAUGUAUUAUUCCAACUAUUUCCAAUUUGUAUCCGAAUUUUAUAUACAUUUACACAAGUAAUGUAUUUUUUCUUUUUUAUUUAUCAUUGUCUUCAUAUUUUAUUUGUUUGAUCUUGUAAAGGUAAUUAUAUAUGUAUAAAGAUUAAAUGUUUUAAGUAUCUAUUUUUUUAACCUGACACAUUCUGUAUAGUUAUGCAUUUUUCUAAAAGCUUUAAAAUUAUUUUUGUACUUUUUAUUAGUGACCUAAAAAGUAUCUUAAAUGUAGUUUGUUUGUUUUUUAAUUUUAUUUUGUCUUGUUAAAUUUUUUACCAAUGUAUGUAAAUAAUCAUUUUAUUUUUAACAUUUACUAUCAAAUAUUUUAUCUCAUAUUUCUGUGUAUUCCUAGUUAUAUAGAUUUAAGUUUGAAUUUCUUUUUACUAUAAAACUAUUUCUUUAGAAAUUAUUUGUAAAUAAACAUAAAAAAAAGCUUGAUGUUAAAAAAGGGUUAUUUUAUAAUAAUUACAUUUGUAUUUUAAUUAAACUUAGCUUUUUACUUUGUGAAUCCUUAUUUAACAAGAAUUUCUUCAAAAUUAUUUUUUUUUAAAAAUUUCUAAGGUGAAGUGUAUUCGUCAUGGGACUUUCAUAUGUUAUAUAAUUAAGUACUUCAAUAUUAUAGAGGAGACUCUUAUUGCAAAAAUUGUAAAUCACAAUUUGAAAACUCAAAUAUGAAAAAAGUAAAACUGAAUGAAAUAAUUAUUUUUAAAAAUUUUAUAAAUGUAAUUAUUGCUUUUGUUUACUUAUCAAAAUAUUUAUUAAUAAAUAAAGUAAUAUUAUGCUAAACUUGUUAAUUAGUUAUGUUUAUCAAAAAAUAUUAAUAAAAAUAAAUAAUGAUUAAAAAAUGCUAAUUUUUUUAGGAGAAUAGGAUAAAAAUAUGAUUAUGUAACAAUGUAGUUGCUGCAAGCAACUUGUGACAUUUGCCAAAUGCAUUAUCUCGAAAGCCUCUGUAAUCGAGAAGUACUUUUAUUAUUUUAAUUUUUUAUCCUUUUUAAAAUUUUAAAGUUAAUAAAUUUAAAAAUCUUUUCAGUUUUAAAAUUAUAGAGCUUGUUAAUGUUCUUUUCAUCUCAUUUAUAUAUCUAAAUGAAGAAAUCAUUUCAAAUUUAAUACUUAUUCUUUAAGGUGAUGAAUUAAGCAAAUAGUAUUUCUUUUUCCAAAAUUAUGUAUACAAGUUUUAUUUUUCUAAAAAUAUAACUUUUUUUUCUGAACUAACCAUUAAUUCAAUCCACAUCUGUUGUCUAAUCCUUGAUGCAUCUGUAUUUUUAAAAGGAUAUUAUUAUAGUUGAAGUAAUACUUCCUGCCAUAUUCCUAAAUGUACUCACUUUAUUUUUGUAUGUACCACCAUUUAUGAAGUAUUUUACUAUGUACCUAUAUGAUAUACAUUAUUAGCUCUCCGGUUAUCCUUCUAAUGUAGUUGAAGUAUUAAUAAAACUUUUAUAUUUUUACUA